CUUCUCAAGCUGCGACUCCAGAUCCUCUCUCUCUGAAUAAAGAUAGAGCUUUACCCAGACUGCACAUUCCUUCCUCUGUCCCAGAUCUAAUUUUUGAAGAUUUGAAGAGGGAAGUUUUAAAAUCAACAGAUGAAGGGCUUAUAACCGAAACAUUGACCCUCCUGCUCCUCGGAUGCUGCCUGACUCCCCUGUGACUUUCCAGUGCCACAUUUUUCGACUGACUCUCCAGCAUCUCCGGUCCUCACUUUGAUGUCAAUGUCUAACAGUCACUCAGUCCACUGGGGCCAGCAAAGAUUUUCGCCGUGAUUUCUGAGAGAGGAAUCAAAGCUUUUUGGUUCCUGUCUGAGUAUGUUUUCAGCAUCAGUGGGACUGGACGAGAGACCCCACUGUUGCAGCGCACUGUGUGUGGAGCCUGAAACAGUUAUACAGCCUGGGAAGGGGAUUUCACAGCAGGGAGGGGCUCUACACGUGUUUGUGUGCAGUUGAAGCUUUGGCCAUGGAGAAACCUGAGGAAUCCCGCCCUGUGGAGAAACCGUGGAAAUGUGGGGACUGUGGGAAAGGCUUCCGUGUCCCAUCUGCCCUGGAGAUUCAUCGGCGCAGUCACACCGGGGAGAGGCCAUUCCCCUGCACCGACUGUGGGAAGGCCUUCAGAUAUUCCUCCCACCUGCUGGCCCACCAGCGGGACCACACGGGGGAAAGGUCCUUCAGCUGCCCUGAGUGCGGGAAGGCCUUCGUGUUUUUCUCCGCCCUGUUGGCCCAUCGGCGGAUCCACACAGGAGAGAGGCCGUUCAGCUGCCCAGAGUGCGGGAAGGCUUUUACCAACAACUCCAAACUGCGGAUCCACCAGCGGAUCCACACAGGGGAAAGGCCAUUCAGCUGCCCUGAGUGUGGGAAGGCCUUCAGCGAUUCCUCCGCCCUGCUGAUCCACCAGCGGGUCCACAUGGGGCAGAGGCCCUUCAGCUGCUCAGAGUGUGGGAAGGGCUUCAGCACAUCCUCCACCCUGCUGAAGCACCAGCGGGUCCACAGCGAGGAGAGGCCGUACAUCUGCUCUCAGUGCGGGAAGGGCUUCAGUUUUUCCUCCACGCUGCUGACCCACCAGCGUGUCCACACCGGGGAGAGGCCGUUCACCUGCUCUCAGUGCGGGAAGGCCUUUACCCGGUCCUCCACCCUGAUGAGGCACCAGCGUGUCCACACCGGGGAGAGGCCGUUCACCUGCUCUCAGUGCGGGAAGGGCUUCACCUACUCCUGCAACCUGCGGAGCCACCAGCGGGUCCACACCGGGGAGAGGCCCUUCAGCUGCCCUCAGUGCGGGAAGGCCUUCAACAGAUCUUCCUCCCUGCUGAGCCACCAGCGGAUCCACACCGGGGAGAAGCCGUACAUCUGCUCUCAGUGCGGGAAGGGCUUCACCCGCUCCUCACACCUGCAGAGACACCAGCGGGUCCACACCGGGGAGAGACCGUACACCUGCUCUCAGUGUGGGAAGGGUUUCACCAGCCCCUCCCACCUGCGGAGACACCAGCGAGUUCACGUGCCAUCGCAGGGGGAUUGAAGGAGUGACGGCCGAGUCCCAUUAUCGAUUGGAUUAUCAACCCGGUUCCGGGGACUCCCGGGUUUGAAUCCCGCCACGACAGAUGGCAGAAUUGGUAUUCGGUCAGAAAUGUGGAAUUCGGAAUCUAACGAUGAGACCGUUUCAGGGAGGGGGUGGUAGGGGGAGAAAGCCCCCAUCUGAUUCCCUCUCUCCCUUGUUAGGGAAGGGAACCGCCAUUGUGGGAAAGGAUACACUCAAGUCGUUCCAGCUGCAUCCUUUACCUGGUCUGGCCUACACGUGACUCCAGACCCACAACAGUCUGGUUGACUCUACACUGCCCCUUCCUGGUAAAGGAGCGGGGAGAAACUUACUUGGAGACAGGGUAUGGGUUGAAAUUGCUGAGUGAGGCAAUACUUCCUCCGGGUUACGGCUGUACCAAGGAUCCAAUU